AUGUCGACACGCAGUAAACGCUCGGCUGCAUCGGCGGGCGCAGUCAACCACCUCGACGUGGCCACUCCAGUCAAGAUGGCCAAACUCAACAACCUCACCGCCUCCUCCACUACUAUCGCUGCCGCAGAGGGAAAGGGCGGGAAACAGACCAAGACUGCAGCUGCCACUGGUGACUCUCCCAGUGUUCGGUCCCUCGUCUCCUCGACCCCUGUCUACGGCCCAGCCCCAGAGUCCCCUGCUGUUGCCAAGGCGUGGCUGGAGGACCAUGGUAACAGUCUCGGUCAUUUCAUCAACGGGACGUGGGUGAAACCGGAGGGAAGAAAGACGUAUGACACAGUCAACCCUGCCACUGGAGAGAAGCUGGCCUCCACUAUCCAAGGAGUACAGGAGGACGCAGACCUGGCAGUGGCAGCUGCAAAGAAGGCGUUUGAGAGUUGGAGUCGUCUCCCUGGACACGUGAGAGCCAGGCACCUGUACAGCAUCGCCAGACAUGUCCAGAAACAUGCCAGGUUGAUCGCAGUGGUGGAGAGUAUGGACAAUGGAAAGCCAAUCAGAGAGAGCAGAGAUCUCGACAUUCCUCUAGUGGCAAGACAUUUCUACCAUCAUGCCGGCUGGGCUCAGCUGAUGGAGGAAGAGAUGAAGGGGUGGGCUCCAAUUGGAGUGGUGUGUGCCAUCGUCCCGUGGAAUUUUCCUCUCAUGCUCUUCACCUGGAAGGUGUGUCCGGCGCUGGCCAUGGGGAACACUGUGGUUCUGAAGCCAGCCACAUACACCAGACUCAGUGCUCUGCUGUUUGCUGAGAUAUGUGCCGAGGCUGGCCUUCCUCCUGGAGUACUGAACGUAGUGACAGGACCUGGGUCAUUUGGUCAGAUGAUUGCCACUCAUCCUGAUGUCGACAAAGUGGGGUUCACUGGAUCCACUGAGGUAGGUCAGAAGUUGCGAAGAGCCAUCGCAGGAUCGGGGAAGAAGAUCUCCCUGGAACUGGGAGGGAAAUCCCCUUUCGUCGUCUUUGACUCUGCUGAUCUGGACAGCACUGUGGAGGGAGUGGUCGAUGCCAUCUUCUUCAACCAGGGACAGGUAUGUAGUGCUGGGUCCCGACUACUGGUACAGGAGAACGUGGCACAGACAGUGGUCAAGAAGAUCAAGAACAGAAUGACUCACCUUCGAGUGGGGGACUCCCUUGACAAGGGAAUAGACAUGGGUGCCAUAGUUGACCCAAGUCAGAGGAAGUCAAUAGACGACUAUGUUCAGGAGGCUAGGAGAGAUGGGGCAGAGGUGUACCAGGCGUGUGCCGCCAUUCCCUCCAAUGGCUGUUUCUAUCCUCCCACCCUCAUCACUGGUGUUCAGCCAGUGUCUCGCUGCGUUCAGGAAGAGUAUAUACUUAGACGCAUUGACCAAUCAGAUUGUAUAUUUGGUCCUGUGCUGACGGUGCUGACGUUCAGAACUCCAAAGGAAGCCAUAGCACUUGCUAACAACACAAGAUAUGGCCUUGGGUCCAGUGUGUGGACAGAGAACCUGACGCUGGGACUGGAGGUGGCGCUGUCUCUCAAGUCUGGGGCGUGUUGGGUCAACUCUCACAACCUCUUUGACGCAGCUGCUGGGUUCGGAAGUUACCGAGAGAGCGGCUUCGGAAGGGACGGAGGGAAGGAGGGGUUGUAUGAGUACGUGAAGCCAGCUUGGCAGACGAGGCCACGCCCACAAAUUGACGAGGAGAAGGUCAAGAACUUCGGCAAGAACGUCGCCCCACGACCUUUGAACCCCAGCCAGAAGGAGUUGCAGCUGUAUCCCGUUGCCAUGGAGAUAGAAGGGAGUCAGGCACCAAGUCACUGCCUUGUUCCCGAUCAUCGCAACCACAACUAUGAUCUGGUGCCAAAGGUAUUCCCCAAGCAAGAGAAAGUGAUCGUGGACUCUCUCAAGCCAGUGGAAGAACAGAUUGCUACGUUUGAAAGAGCUGCUGAGUCAUUCGACACUCGAUGUGCUGCAGUCGCAGAACAGAAGACGGCUGUGGUGGCAGAGAUCCGCACUGCCAUGGCAAAACUGCGACAAGCUCUAGAGGCGAGGGAGACAGAGCUGGUGGGUCAAGCAGAGCAGACGGCACAGCAGAAACUGAAGACCUUGGCAGCACAGCGAGAUGGGUUUGAACUGCAACUGGGCCAGCUGAGGAGCUGCCAGGACUUUGUGGAGGAGAGCCGACGCAGCUUCAAGCCAGACACAUUGGCACUUGCCGAGCAAGCCGACAUGAAGUUUGCUCACAGUCUGCCUGAACUGGUGAAGACUUGCCAGCAGUUUGGUAAGGUGUACCAGUGCCCUGAGAUGUAUCAAGCCUCAGGUGAAGGCAUUAAGGUGGCAAUGAGAGGGCAAACAGCGGCUAUUUCUAUACAGGCUUUUGAUAGGGAGGGAGAAGCCUACCUCAGACCUGUAGACAACUUGAGGUGUGAGCUAGUUGCUAGUGAUGGCAGCAGUCGAGUCAGCGGCACUGUGAAUAGACGAAAUCAGAACAUUUACGACAUCAGCUACCAGCCUCGGGUCACUGGAGAACAUCAUCUAUACAUUCUAGUAGAAGAGCAACCGAUCUUGAACAGUCCGUUCACUGUCACCGUUCUACCCAACUUCACUGCUCCAGCCAACAUUAUCGGACACCUCAAGGGGCCAUAUGGUGUAGCGGCCAGGGAGAGAGGGGAGGUGGUGGUGGUAGAGAAUGAUCGUCACCGCGUAUCAAUCAUCAGUAUAAAUGGAAGGAAAAGAUCGUUUGGUACUUUUGGCUUAGUUGGUCCUGGUCGGUUCAAGGAACCUUCACGUAUUGCAAUAGACAGUGGAGGAAACAUUCUUGUAACUGAUCAAGACAACCAUCGUAUUCAGCAGUUUUCGUCCGCUGGCAAGUUCCUCAGAACAGUCGGUACCCAGGGCAGUCGACCUCUUCAGUUCCAGAGCCCAGAUGGUAUUGCAGUUCAUCCUCUCACUGGCAAAGUAAUCCAGGUCUUCACAUUUAGUGGAGUGUACUUGAGGCAGUUUGGGAAGAAGGGAGAAGGAGAGGGAGAACUAAACGGGCCAGUCAGUAUAGCUAUUGACUCUGGCAAUGUAGUGUAUGUUGGUGAAUAUGGGAACGAUGAUCGUAUAUCAAUAUUCUCAACUGAUGGAGAGUUUAUCAAGUCAUUUGGAAAGGGUCCUGUGGAGUUCAGUUGUCCAUAUGGACUAGCAGUAGACAAGAAAGGAACACUUAUUGAUCGAACUCUGAAGAUGUACAUCGGAGGGAGUCAGAAGAGACCAGAUGCUCCGUACUGUCGACCCGUCCGCGGAGCCUCUGGGGGUGUGGUUGGUCAGGUUGCCGAGGGCAACCGUAAGGACAUCCGAGAGGCAGUAGAGGCAGCACACAAGGCAGCUCCUGGGUGGGGUAAGAGGGCAGCUCACAACAGAGCACAGAUAGUCUACUACAUCGCCGAGAACCUGGAGCUACGCCACAGGGAGGUCGCUCAGAGGAUCGCUGACAUGACAGGUCGUCAGUAUGAGGACUGUAAGAAGGAGGUAGAUCUGUCAAUCCGGAGACUGUUCUACUGGGGAGCCUAUGCCGACAAGUUUGGAGGAACUGUGCAGGAAACCACCCUCUACGGUGCCACUGUUCGUAUCAAUGAACCUGUUGGAGUCAUCGGCAUUGCGUGCCCUGACCAGUUCCCUCUACUAGCUUUCGUCUCUCUCUUCGCCCCCGCUGUCGUCAGAGGCAACACCGUCGUCAUAGUACCCAGCGAGACCGCACCCCUCUCUGCCACCGACCUCUACCAGGUGUUUGAUACGUCGGACCUGCCAGGGGGUGUGGUCAACGUAAUUACUGGUUCCCGUGACCACCUCACUAAGUACCUGGCUGAACACCAGGAUGUGGAGGCCAUGUGGUACUUCGGUAGUGCAGAGGGAUGCAAGUUUGUGGAGACUGCCUCGUGUGGCAACGUGAAGAGGUCAUGGGUCAACUACGGGCUGUCCCGAGACUGGAUCAGCAUGGAACAGGGACAGGGCGAGGAAUUUCUAUACCAUGCAACCGAGGUGAAGAACAUAUGGCUGCCGAUGGGAGAGAUCUUUGCCAACUGAACAUUUGAUUACUGAACAAAUUCCAAACUUCUUUUGUGAUUCUCAAAUUUUUUGUAGUGAAUAUUAUAUGAGUGACAACAAAUUGUGAUAUCAUGUGAUCUAUAUGUAGUAGUUAUACCCUUUUGUAAUUUCUUUUCUAUAUUAUAAUCGGUUAGGUUUAUAUUCUAUACCAUUUUGUAUAUCACACAAAAUUAUGUAUGUCAAUGUCAAAUUUU